UCUUCUCACGUACACGAUGGCAAAUCUGAGCUGCUCCCGGUCCUUAAUGUCACCGUCCCCACAGGAGAAAAGAUCAGCAGGAAGCCCCCGGAACGUUUGACAGAAAGAGACAAUGAGGACGGGGAGGGUUGAAGAAAGUGUCGGGAGCACCGAGGAGAAGGCCCAGAAGAGGGGAUCUUGUCUGUCUCCGGCCUGGGGGGUCCUGCACUCUCUACGGGGCACGCUGACUGAUUGUCUCGUUGACAUUUUCCCUCUUCUUUCAAGUGUUGACUUUGACAUUCAUUAUACCGGCUGAGUGUCUAGCAGUCAGCGGCAGGCGGGUGGUCUCGGUGACUUUGGCAGUCUCUUCCUCUGCUCCUGGACGAGUAGGAUCACUUGAUAGAUAACCAAGGCGUCUGCGAGAGUCAUUCUGGAGAGACUGCGGAUGUUCUCUCGCAAAAGGAGCUUCACGUUUGGCGCAUAUGGAGGAAAGUCAGAAGAACCUGACGCGUGCGGUCCAGAUAUGUCCAGCAGACAUCUAGAAGAGAUGUCUCAUCCCCCCACCUCCCGCAACAAGCCUUCCGACUUGUUUGAAAUGAUUGAGAAAAUGCAGUGCAGCCGCCUGGAGGAUCAGCGCUGCGUCCUACCCUCCCCUAUAAAGAGGAGAGAGGAGAAAAUACAUCCUGGAAUACAAGAAGUGAUGAGAAGAGGUUACCCAUUGCCACUCUUAAUUGUGCCCCCGCAAGGUGGGUACUGGAUAGAGGGCACCAACCAUUCUCUGCCCUCCCCUGAAUCGGAUCCUCCAGCCCCUUAUGACAGAUUACGCAUCCUCCAAUCUGACCCUACAGCACGUUUCUACAGGAAGCACUUCUUGGGAAAGGAGCACUACAACUUCUGUGCACAGGAUCCACAUCUUGGGGCUGUUAUUCUGUCUGCAAAGCUGGAACAGAAAACUGAGAGGCUACGACUAAUACUGAGAACCAAGUCUGGCACCAAACAUCAGCUCCUUAGUCUAUCCAGCUUCAGUCAGUUCCCAACUGCAGGACAGAUGGCGCAGGCCUUAUGUGAAGAGUUGUCAGUGGAAAGGUUCUUCCCCGUCCUACACAUGAAGGCCUCUCAGCUGCUGGUGACCUUUGAUGAACAUGUUAUGACCAACAACUUCAAGUUUGGUGUCAUAUACCAGAAACCAGGGCAGGUGACUGAGUCCGAGAUGUUCGGUAACACAGAGGAGAGUUUGGGAUUCGCGGAAUUUCUCAAUUUCUUGGGCGAAACAAUCGACCUGCAGAAUUUCAAAGGGUUUCGUGGCGGUCUGGAUGUAACGCAAGGUCAGACGGGAACUGAAUCGGUGUACACCACCUUCCGGGGCCACGAGAUCAUGUUCCACGUGUCGACAAAACUGCCCUACACAGCGGGGGACGCGCAGCAGCUCCAGAGGAAACGCCACAUCGGGAACGACAUAGUGUCCCUGGUCUAUCAGGACGAUGGCGCCGUCUUCUCCCCCGAUAUCAUCACCUCCCAUUUCCUACACUGCUAUAUCGUCAUCCAAUCCUGUCCAAGCCCCAAUGGUGACACCUUGUACAAGGUCUCCGUCACUGCCCGUGAUGAUGUCCCUGGAUUCGGACCCGCUCUGCCGAACCCUGCAGUCUUCCAACAGAACCAGCAAUUCCGUGAAUUCCUUCUCACCAAGCUGAUAAACGCCGAGGUUAACUGUUACCGCGCCGAGCGCUUCUCCAAGCUGCAGGAACGCACGCGGAGCUGUCUCAUUGACACCUUGUACGACGAGCUCUUUCUAAACAGUCAGACCGUCCUGGGGUCCCUGGAGGAAAAUCCUGGAGAUAAACUGGAGAAUCCGUCUAGUGGAUUCCUGGAGAACUUCAAGACAUUCUCGCUCUCCCUCAGGAGCCCCCAGAGGUCACGUGACGCACUUUCGCGAGGAUGCCGAAGCGCCAGCAUCGCAAUAGAUAAUGUCUCUGAGGAGAAGAGGCAUCUUACAACUCAGACGUCAGAAUUCUGUAGGAGGCCUUUACCCUCGUACUCCUCCUCCAAUAGCAGCAGCUUCUGCAGCGGACAAGGCAGCGAGAGCUCCCCGGAGGAAAAAAUCACGGAGAACGUCUUGAAGUGAAUGCGGACGUCCUGCCCUGGGUCAGGCAGAAGAUUUUACUGCGUACAGACGAACCAUCGCGUUCCCUUACUCACCAUUGGAAGCCAUGAGCAACGACCUCCAUAUCUACAUCACUAAUAAAUCAUUAAAGGGGUUAUCCGGGAAUUUAAAAAAAAGAGCUAAUUUCUUUAUAUAUAAAAAAACACUCCCCAUCUGUCUCCAGGUUGGGUGUAGUUCUGAAGCUCAGUUCCAUUAAAGUGAAUGGAGCCAAGUUGUAAUACUAUACACAACGUGGGAACAGACGAGGAGCUGUUUUUUUUUUUUUUUAUAAGAAAUUACCUCUGUUUUUCUAUUCCUGGAUAACCCCUUUAAGGGUUAAAUACAAUCAUUAUUGGGAAAUGGCAUGCCCUCUAAUGGCCAAAUGCAUUAUGUCUUGUAUAAAAAAAAAAAAAAAAGAAUUAUAUUGAAUAAAUUAUAAAUAAUGAAAGAAAUCUAUUCUGAGUUUCCAAAAAUCCACUGGCCAGCUCUAUAGAACA